AUGCGCAGGAUACGGCAGGAUUUGUCCAUCGAUGGAGGCGCACUUGGCCAAUCUGCUCCGAGAGCUCUCCCAUGGAUCGAGCACAUGACUGUUGUCUACCCUCAGCGCAUCGACGCCGCACUUGCUGGCGUGCCGGAUCCUGCCAACGACGACUUGAAGCGGGAGCUGGCUUUGUGAGUGUACCGCGAGUGGAACGGGAUCGGCCAGUGGUGCAUUCUGCGCACGAAGUUGAUGCUCAAAGCGCUCACUCUCACUUUGCGAUUCGGGCGCCCUGGCAGCUACAAGCAAGCGCUAGACGCUGCUAUUCGAGGUCGAAGACUGUGCAACCAAGCGGGCAUACCCUUCGACAGGCCGGCAGAUUUCUAUGCCGAACAGGUCAAGACGGACGAGCACAUGGAGCGGGUCAGACAGAGGCUGCUGGACGAAAGCGCUGGCAUCAAGGCUUCUGAGGAGGCAAAGAGGCAACGAGAAUUGAAAAAGUUCGGGAAGAAGGUUCAGGUCGAGAAACAGCUCGAGAGGCAGAAGAGCAAGAGAGAGUUGAAUGAGCGCAUCAAGGGUCUCAAAAGGAGUGAGUGAAGUACUUUGCCAGUGCUCUCAGUCAUGUACGAGAGUAGCAAGCUGAUCGGCAUCCACCAAUCACCUUGUUGUGGUCCGUCUGUGCCUCUCAGAACACGAGGGCGCUUUGGAAGGCGACGAUGAUGACUUUGAUGUGCGGCUCGAGACUGCCAUCGACGGUCAGGAGCGGGGCAGGGGGCCGCCUUCUAGAGGCGGCAGAGGCCAAACCAGACCCAAAGCUAGAAUGCCAAGGUCAGCAAGAGAUGCCAAAUACGGCUUUGGGGGCAAGAAGAAGCAGUGA